AUACGCUCGGAUUUAAACGCGUUGCGUGCGCUCUCUGUACCGGAACGACACUCGGUUUAUUCGUCUAACUUUCUCCGGUCGGCCGCUCCACGAUGCUUGAGUGCAUCACAUGAAGCCGGUCAGUCGGGUGCGUGGAGAUGCUCAGACCAUUUCACACGACCCCUGACCUUUACUGCCCGACCCUUUCACGAUGGAUGUCCACAUGCACAACGGCCAGACGCUUCACUACGGCCUGAACGACGCUCCUGAUGAUGAUCUGCAGUUCCUCAGUCUGGAGGAGCGGGAGUGUAUUUUGUUCUUUGAGGAGACCAUCGGCUCCCUGGAGGAGGACGAUGAGAGGACAGGAAUAUCCGCAGGCAACCACAGGCUUGCGGUGGAGCGUCCGCUCUCAUACACUACAGCUCGACAUCCCAGCCCUGUAGAUCAUGAUAUCAUUGAUCUGGUGCACCCUACACCCGAUGCCAGCAAACAGAAAGACACGCUGCCCGUCAUGCCAGAUUUCCAACAGCUGAUUAUACCCCCGGAGACCCAUUUUGAAGUGAAGCCGAAACGUGACCUGGACGUCUCAGACGGGCCGCAAUUUGGACACCAGCCGCCCGCAGGUUCAGUUCCCACCCCGGUAGUAAUCGCCAGCAAGAUCGCCGAGCACCAGGGCGCAGGCGGCACGUCUGCAUCGCAGCUGCUCCAGCGCAGACGCAGUCUAGAGUCGCCACCGAACCCCUCGACCAAACACGGCCCUCCGACCCACGCCAAGCCCACGCGUUUUCCCGACAAAAUCAGCAUGUUACUGGGCAGCCGCGAACACAUUCCCCACUCGAUCGCCGCCGAAGCCGUCAGCGUUCAGGAGCGCCGGGCGCAGAUGCUCUCGAGCCUCUCCGGCACGGCGCACCCUUUGGAUGGCGGAGAACCGGCCUGCGUGCGCAACCUUCCCAUACGGAGCAUUUCGUUUCGAGAUCCGACGCCAGACAAGUCUAGGAUGGAGGCGCUUUCGAAGCUCGGACUUGCUCAGAGGCGAACGCAAUCCGUCAUGCAUUCAUCGAAUUUCAGCACUACGCUCAACAUUACCAAUCCAGCUAACACUACCACCGACGCAGACACUACAGACCACUGCCAAACCAAAUCUAGCCCCGCACCAACUUUGACGAGUGCCGAAGUCACACACAGCGAUUUCAACAGCUAUGGCGGUAAGAGCAUCAUGCUAAACCCCACAUUGUCCUUCAGGACCGAGUACCGCUCAUCUUCAGUGCCCAAAACAGAGUCUUCAGAUGUCCGUCUCAACAACUUCGGCAGCAGAUCGCGAGUCGUGACUCCAUCCCAUCCAAAGCACGGCACCCAAACCAAGACCAUCACCCCAGUAAAAGAGGACAACUCCAGCUCAAACAGGACUUCAAAUGAAGGCUUACCCAAGAGGAAAGCGUCACACUCUGAAGCGCCUGUGAAGCAGCUGCCAGCUCCGGCUCCAAAACCACGCUCCGCUCCGCUGUCCCCAGAGUUACGCCGCAAAUCUUUGCCAAAGCCGUCCUUCCGCACUCAGGGAAUAACGGUGCAGUUUUCUGGGAGAGGAGCCACAGAUGAGGCCAGACGUGAUGCACUACGCAAGCUAGGUCUGCUGAGAAACACGCCUUAAAUGUUCAUACGCUACUAACUAAUAACAUGUAGACUCCAGUACAUAAACAACUGAUAAGCUAUGAUUUAACCAAUGAUCAUCUGUUGGACAGCAGCAAGACUUUUUGAUUGAGUUUCAAAUGCAAGUUUGGAGAAAAAGCCACAGGUAACACUCACACACGCCUGCUUAGAAGUUACAGAUCUCUGAAAACAUUUGCAUCAGUUUUAAAUGUAGUUUGUGAAGUUGUUGAGCAUGCUGUGGAAGCACACGGCCUGCUUCAGCCAUGUUUGCAUCAUGGUCACAUGGUUCCAGAACUGAGCCAGUCACUCGAGUCUUAAUUGUCAUGUGACUGAUGACUCUCCCCCUGACGUUUCAAUUGACGAACCAAUGAACUAAUUAACUUAAUUGCGUUUUUUUUCUCUCAAUUUUUUGGAUUUUUACUGUAG